AGCGGCAGCGGCGCCGGGACGCACCGGGACGCACCGGGGCGAGACGGGCACCGGCAGCGGCACCGGAGCGCAGCCCGGCUCGGGACCGGGCGGGGCGGGGGAACCGGCCGGCUCCAAACCCGCCCCCCGGCGCGGGAGGAGGCGGUGGCCGAGCCCCCCCGCCGCGCUCCAGCCGAGCCAGACCCGCGCCAGCCCCGAGCCGCUCGCCCAUGGCGACCCCCGGCCCCACGCGUGCCCCGGCCCCGGCACGGAGCCGCCGCUGAGCGCUGCGCACCGGCACCGGCCCGGCGUCCAGUUUGUAGAGACAUGUUCAGCGGAAGCCGGGAAUUCAGCCCCUUGCCUUCCUCGCCGUCUUCCUCACGGGAUUCAUCCUCCUCCUUCUCUUCUUCCUCCUCCUCCUCCUCCUCCUCCUCCUCCUCGCUGCCGGCGGCUCCGCGGAGAUCCCCACGGGCCCUGCAACGCCACGGCUCUCUGCUGGCCCAGUACAGCGCCUUGCUGGAGAGCUACACGGAGGGCGAGAUCCGCCAGCUGAUCUCGGCGCUGGUGGAGCGCUACCGCCAGGCCAUGAACUCGGGCGGGCACGAGCUGCCGCUCUUCCCUCGCGCCGGCAGCCGCCGCAAACGCGCCCGCGCCCGCCACAAACCCUGCGAGCUGCGCGAGCUGGAGGUCAGCGUCAGCGAGCUGGGCCUGGGCUACGAGUCGGACGAGACCGUUCUGUUCCGCUACUGCAGCGGCACCUGCGAGGCCGCCGUGCGCAGCUACGACCUCUCCCUCAAGAGCAUGAGGAGCCGCAGAAAGAUCCGGAAGGAGAAGAUCCGGGCGCGGCCGUGCUGCAGGCCGCUGGCCUACGACGACGACGUGUCCUUCCUGGACGCCUACAACCGCUACUACACCGUCAACGAGCUGUCGGCCAAGGAGUGCGGCUGCGUGUGACGGGGCCACCCGGGCAGAGGGGCCGGGAUGGAGGCUGGAGCGGCCGGAGGAGGAGAGACUGAGCCGCUGGCGUGUCCCUCGGCGUCACCGUCCCGCCGGCCGCGCAGGACUAGAGACGUGGCCGCCGCCGUGGCGGAGGCGGUUGGAGCGGUGACGGCGGCUUGAGGCUGUUGUCCCCUCUGCGGGUGGCCCAGCGGUGCCUGCUGAGGGGACAGUGGGUGUGCAGCGUGCACGGGGCGUGUCCAGUGCUCGGCGGGCGCAGGCUGCACUGCGUGUCACCCGUGUCACGCGUGUCACAGGCUACGUUACCUGCACAGGGUGCGGCGCAGGUGUCUCUGGCAUGGGGGACACACACGUGCCAGGGGUUCUGUGUCAGGGUGUGGCACAGGGGUGUGGCACAGGGGUGUGGCACAGGGGUGUGGCACAGGGGCGUGGCAUGUGCAGGGGGUGUUCUGAGCAGCGCUGGUGCUGUGUGGUACUGGACAGGGUGUGCCACACACUCUGGGUGUGCUUUGGGGUGUGCUGCACACUCCGGGUGUGCUUUGGGGUGUGCUGCACACCUGGGGUGUGUUUUGGGGUGUGUUACAGGUUUGGGGUGCAUCAGGUGCCCUGUGCUGCCCCAGGGUGGGGGCUGAGUCCUUCUCUCUGUAGUUUUGGGGUUUUGUGACCACCCUGAGCUGCUGGGGGAGGUCCAACCGUCCCAGAUGCCGGUGUCUGGGGACACAGAAAUGACAACAGUGGUUUGUGUGUGGCUCUGACUCCCUCUGGCUUGUGCCCCUUUUGCCAUCGUCUCGUUCUUGCAGCCCUGGGGCUUUUCUUCUUAAAACUCGGGAUAAUCUGAAGUAACUGGAUUAACCUCCUGUGCCCCCGCCACGGGCAGCUGGGCCAGAGCCCAGCCACCACCAGGGAGGUGACAGAACCUCCUCAGGGCCACCAGCAGAGCAUCCCUGGUUUGGCACCUCCCAAAAUCCCCCCGGCUCUCCCGGGAGCAUCCCCCAUGCUCUGCUCGGGGCUGGAAUCCUGCGGGAGAGGGGACUCAGGCCUGGCUUCGGCUCCGCUCACAUUUACAGCAGUGUCACUGCUGUUUACUCUGCGGGGAAAUAAAUGAGCCCGCAGACUUUCACAUUCCCUGGGCAGGCUCGAGUUGUUGCCUGGGAUUGAUGGGUUUUCUCCCCUUGGCUCCCUUCCCAGAAAAAGCAAAUCAUAAACAGAAGGAGAAUAUUGGUGUCAUGUCCUGGGCAUUAACCAACGUGAGGGAAAACACUCCGUGUGCCACCCCCCGGCGUCCUGGCUCCUCUCUCCGGACAAACGGGGGGAAAAAAAUCCCUCGUGCCUUCAUCCUGAGGAGGAGGAGGAGGAGGGCUGCCGGUGGUGAUCCCAGCUCAGGGAUGGUGCUGCAGGAUUUUGGGGAAGCAGGAUGGCAUCCCUUAGGUGGGGAGCAGCAUCUCCAGUGUUGGACCAGCCACAUUCCCGACCUCCACACAGGCCCAGGCUGGUGGGGAUUUUUUUUUUUCCCUUCCUUUUUAUCCAAACGCAGCUCUUGGCUGAGCAGAGCCAGGGUGUAGUGGAGGAAUAUAAACACCAUCCUUCAGCAGGGCUGGCGGCCUGGGAAGGCAGCCUGGACUCUGUAACACGGAGUUUUCCCUGGAUUUUGGGAAAGGCAGGAGGCGGCCGCGGGUGCGGGGUGUGAAACCCGCACCCGGGAAUUGGGAACUCAGAGAGGAUAAACUCCACGCUCCAGGUGCAGCUCCCGAAGCAAGGUGUGAGUUUGCAGCCCUGGAAAUGGGAAAAGUGGCCCAAAAUAAUCAGCUGGAGGAUGGGAAUGGCAGAUGGGCAGCGGGAGCCGCGCUGGGCUCGCAGCGGAUAAGCGGCUCACUCGAGUUUAAGAUAAAAAAAAGCACCCAAAUCUAAUAAUAAUAAUGAUAAUAAUAAUAAUAACUGUCCUCUCCAGGGCUUGGGUGCUUUCCAGGUCUCGCUGCUAUAAAACUAAAAUUAGUUUUGUUGCAGUAAGAAAAAAGGAAUGGAAGCAGAGCAGGGAAGGUGGUGUGGAAGCAGUGCAGGACCUGGUGCUGCAGAGGAGGAUUUGGAGCAGGAGCUGCCUCUGCUCAGUGUUUGCACCCUGGUUUGGGAUAGUUUUUGGCAGAAUCCAGGGAUUUAGGGUGUCUUGAUGGUGGGCACUCGGCCCAAGGGACCCUCCUCUCUCCAGAGUGGUGGUGGGAGCAGCAGGAAGACGAGGGGACAAGGGAGCAUCAGCUCGUGCUGGGACACCUCCCAGCUGCCAAAAUCCCCCAUUCCCAGUGCAGAUCCAGCUUGGAGCCCCCAAAACUGGGAGGAAAACCUGACUCAAUGCAGUGGUGUGUUAAAAGCAGCAGGAAUAGCUCCAAUCCAUCAUUUUUUGCUUUUUUUUUUUUUGUUCUUUUUUAAAUUUCCCCCUGCUGGCAGCGCAGCUCCAGCCCGUGUGGAGGGAAUGUUCCCCAUCUGCCUCACGCUGGUUUUUUCUUUGGUUUUUUUUUUUUGGGAACAGCUGGGAUUUGCAGCCACAAAACUCCCCGAUGGGGUGAGCUGGGGCAUCGUGGUGUGGCCAAAAGGAUGGAUUCUGCUUCCAUGUCUUUCUCAGGGCUCCUCCUCCUCGUGGAGCUCCUCCAGCUGUCCCGGUGCCAUCCCGCUGCCAGCCGGCCCUGGAAAUGUGGUUCCAAUAGAAAGGCUGAGGUUUCCCUAAUGCUUUCCAUUUCUCCAGCCCCCUUUGCUGUAAUAAGAGCUGGAGUUGUCCGGAAGAAUGUCUACAAUGCAAAAAAAAAAAAAAAAAAGUGGAAAAUUCCCUCCUCAAAGCCACAGCAGAAUCUCAUCUGGCUCCUUCCUCAGCAUCCCAUGUGCUGGUUAAUAUUAAUAUUAAUAUUAAUAUUAAUAUUAAUAAUAAUAAUAAUAAUAAUGAUAACCAGUGUGCAACAGCUGUCAAGGGGAUUUUGGGGUUGGGUUUUUGUUUGUCUGGGGCUGCAGCUCCUCCCAGAGAGCUCCUCUCUCAAGGAGAGGAGGGUUUGAAGAGCAGGAGGUUUGGAAACACGAGGAGAUGUUUAAAUUUAUCCCGGUGGCUGUGACAGCGCAAAACCCCAGGGUUGUGCUCUCCCAGCCCUGGCACGGUGAGUUCUGGGGUUUCCAGUGGGUUUUCCAUCAGGACACGCUGUGCUAGCUCGGGAUCAGAUCCACACAUCCCACAAAUCUCUCGGGAUCCCGUUCGCUCCCAGGGUCUCGCUCCCAAUUUGGGAUCCACGGGGGGGAAAUCGCGUCCGACGUCGUCGCUUCCACUCGAUGAAAGCGCCGGCACGGGGAAUGUUCUGGGUUUAAACAGCUCCAGGAUCCUGCUGGGAGAAAGGAUUUUCCCAAUUUAUCAAGAGAAAUGGUGUUUUGGUGGGAUUCAGAGCCCGUUGUAAAGUGGGAACGGGGCUGCCACGUGUUUUCCUUCUGGGCUGAACAAAGCGUGGCCUCGAAG